AUGACUAUUAAAAAUCUUGGUAGCAUAGUUAUGGAACAAAUGAUUAAGGAAGUCAAAUGUCUUGUCGAUAUUUCUUUUAAAACCAGUGACUAUCCACGUCUAUAUUUUGUGUAUGAUCCGUAUUUUGCAUUGCAACUAUUACACAAUGAUUGGAGUAAAGUACCGGACACACUUAAAAUAGAAUUAUGGGAAAAUAAAGAUCCGAAAGAAGGAAAAGAAUUAUGGGAAAAUAAAGAUCCGAAAGAAGGAA